AUGUCUGCCCCACCUGGGGCGAUUGCAAAGUGUCACGGCGCCGCGCAUGUGGCCGCCCAGCACGGGAAGGUUCGAACUUUGGAGCUGCUGCACAGUAUGGAUCCGGAGAGCCUUCGGCGCUGCGCUGCCGACGGUCGCACCCCCGCGCAUUGGGCGGCCUUAAGCGGCCAGGUGGCGGCCUUGGGGACUUUGGCUUCCUUGGUGCCUGACACCCUCGCGGCACAUGCUCGCAACGGAGCAACUCCCGCUCACGAUGCAGCUUUUCAAGGCCAGAGUCAUGUGCUGCUGCAUCUGCACCAGAUCAACCCAAACAGCCUCAUGGCAAAGUCGAAGACAGGUGCAACACCGGCACACGAUGCGGCUUUCAGUGGCCACAUCGAGACGAUGCUGCUCUUGAGGGAACUGGCGCCGGAAAGCCUCUCAGCCCGCGACCUCCAUGGCAGAUCUGCGGCCCACGCGGCGGCGGAGACGGGACAGGAGUCUCUGCUUCGGCUGCUCUACCUCUUGGUACCGGCGACCUUGCAUGCAAGGGAUGGUGCAGGGUGGCUGCCUGAAGAUGUGGCGGAAGCACACGGCUGGGAGUCAACUGCCCGGCUGCUCAAGUCUUUGCCUCCUGUGCAAUGUGAUGACCCUGGUUCUGCCGAUGACGCGAGCGAUGACGUGGAACAGGUAGGCCUGGAGGAGGACGCACCGCCGGAGCCGGAACCCACACGAGAGGACCCAGCUCCUUCAGAACCGAAGGCACCGGAGGUGACAGAGCUCCAAGAAGCCACCAGCCAGGCAGAGCCAGAGCAUCCACAACAGCCCGCGAACGAGGAAACUUCAGUGCAAGAGGAGGCUUCAGCAGCAGAGCCGCCAGAAGAGGAACCGACAAGAUCUGCUCAGGUAUCGGAUGAGAGCGUUCUUGAAGAAGGGAAGAGCAUGGAACCCGUGACACCGGAUCCUCUAGCGUAUGAGGUUCUCUUGGACAUAUUAUCUGCGAGUGAUCUGCGCAAUGCCGACUGGAGCUUGUCCAGUUCUGGUGGCUCCGAUUCCUACUGCUUGGUGGAGAUUCCGGGAAGCAACAAGGGCUUCCAGACCGAGGUGGUGGAAAACAGCUCCGACCCAGUGUGGAACAAGCGCGGGAAGUUGGUCCUUGCCCCAGAGGAGGUGUUGCUCUUUAAAGUCAUGGACCGCGACGAUGGCGAUGCCGACGACCUGCUUGGGAAAGUCUCACUGCCAGUUGCCAAGCUCCUGCCGGAUGGUUUCGAAGGACAGUUGGAAAUGCAAGAGACUGGAAAGGCCACGGCCUUCUUGACCGUUCGCUCAAAAGUUUUGAGGGCACUCUAUGAUGCAGCUGCGGUGGCCGAUGCGCUGAAGGCGAGUCAAAGCCAACCCAAGCGGCCUCCUCCACCCAAGCCCCCGAAAGUGCACGAGAUUGAACUGACGGUGAGGGCUGCCAAGGGCUUGCGCAAUGCGGAUUGGAGCUUCGGAGGUUCCGGUGGAUCAGAUGCUUAUGUUGCAGUGAGUGUCCCGGGUACCAAAAAAGAGUUCCAAACGCCGGUUGUUGAAGAUAGUUCCGAUCCAGAGUGGAACUUCGUGCAGAAGCUUGCAGUCUCUCCGAAGGAGACUUUGGUUUUCAAGGUCUUUGACCGAGACAAGCGUAAUGACGAGCUCUUGGGGACUGCAAACCUUGCCAUCUCCGGGAUACUGCCCCAAGGUUUCAGUGGUGCCCUCAAGCUGCAAGAUACUCGGAAUCCUACCACCGCAGAGCUGCUGGUCUCUGUCCGAGUGUCAAAAUCUGCUGAAAAGUCUUGA